AUGCAUUCAAUUCGCCCCCGGGCGCUGCGAGGCCUUGUAGGUCUGCGGAAUAGUGCAGGCCUCCGCCCUUCCAACUCCCGUAUCCAGUCCCCCUUGGGAUUGGUUCCACUAACCCCCCAGCAUCAGCUUCAGCAUCAGCUCCAGCUUCGGUCUACCAGACACUCCAGCUCCAAUGCCUCACCUGGAAAGGCCUUCCAAGAGCGUGUCCAGGAAAUCCGCAAUGCCUGUGCCGAACCCUAUCCCCGGCUGGCGGUAGACUCUCGUACCCUCAGUUGCGCCGAGUUCCGCUCUCGGUAUGCCCAUUUGAAGGAUAAUGAAUCAGUAGAGGAUGACUCGGUGGUGGUCUCUGGUAGGAUUCGUACUUAUAGACUUGCCGGGAGCAAAUUGAUCUUCUUCGAUAUCGUGCAAGAUGGACACAAAGUGCAAGUCAUGUGCAAUAAGCGACAACUCGAGGGCGUCGAGGGUCCGGAGUUUAAGAAACUUUAUCGCCUUUUGCGGAGGGGUGACGCUUUUUCUGUAACUGGACGACCUCAUCGUACUGGUCGUGGUGAACUUACCAUCGAUGCUACAGAGUUGCCCAAGCUGCUCUCGCCGUGUCUACACGAUGUGCCCGUUCACGAUAGUCCGCACGAGACCUCGCCCUAUCCUCGCCAUGUCCAAUUCCUGGCUGAUCCUGCGACGGCGGAUAUUCUUCGAGCUCGAGCCUCUCUGAUCCAAUAUUUGCGCCAGUUCUUCGUGGAUCGGUCGUUUAUGGAGGUCAGCACGCCCAUUAUCGGAUCAAUGGCUGGAGGUGCCAUCGCUCGACCGUUCAAUACUUCAGCCACAGAGUUCCCGGAUCGUCAAUUGUCGCUGCGCAUUGCACCAGAGCUGUGGCUCAAGCGGUUGGUAGUUGGUGGAUUUGACAAGGUCUUUGAGAUUGGACCGUCGUUCCGAAAUGAAGGCAUUGACAAAACACACAACCCUGAAUUCACCACCUGCGAAUUCUACCACGCCUACGCCAACCUCGAAGACUUGAUGCACAUCACCGAAACCCUCCUAUCCGGCAUGGCCGCCCACAUCAAGGCCUUCAACACAGAAGGCACCCUCACCCCGACCACCGCCAGCUUCACCACUCCCUUCCGCCGCAUCGACUUCAUCACCGGCAUCGAAGCCCAAAUCAACCGCUCCCUACCAAAUCUCUCGUCCCCCGACGCCCUAUCAAACAUGCACACCCUCUUCCACGACCUCUCCCUCCCCCUUCCCACAAACACAACUCUCCCGCGCCUCCUCGACGAACUCUGCGCCACAUACCUCGAACCAACCUGCACAGACCCAACAUUCAUCAUCAACCCGCCCGAAUGUCUCUCGCCACUCUCGAAAUCUUUCGUCCACCCGGUGACGAAACAAGUCGUCGCCGCCCGCGGUGAACUUUUUAUUGAAGGGAAGGAGGUGGUUAAUACCUAUGAAGAGGAGAACUCGCCGUUCGAGCAGAGACGCAAGUUUGAGGACCAGGUUCGGUUUAGUAAGGGGUCUGAAGAGGCGGUGGAGGUGGAUGAGGCUUAUCUGGAGGCAUUGGAGUGGGGGCUUCCUGCGACGGGGGGUUGGGGGUGUGGUGUUGAUCGGUUGGUGAUGUUGUUUACGGGGGCGAAGAGGAUUGCGGAUGUGUUGCCGUUUGGAACUUUGAGGGCUGUGACUAGACGAGUUGGAGGAGGAAGUGGAGGGAGUGAGUAG